AUAUACUUGCUAAAGUCCUUUCCUCUUCUGAUUCAAGUUUAUCAGAACAUGGGUCAGCAUGGUGUUCCUUUGUUAAUGCCUUUCUACUUCAAUUCAAAAUAUCAGUAUUAAGUAUGCUCAAUCCUGAUUGGUCAACUUAA